CCGAAGAUCAUUGACUUGCGCCAUACAAACACGAUGCAUCACAGGAACAGGUUCAUCGGAGACGGCCUCGCAGCGAUCAUUACGCCGGCUAUACUUGCAGCUGAACGGCAAUCACGAAAAUCACCUACCUAAAGCGGUAGCCCCUGCCCAAAGUAGUUAGCCGCCCACUCUUCGCCUUCUCCUUCGAAGAUGGGAAGACUACAUUUCAUGCCUCUGACGUUCAGAGAAUGUUUCCUCCAUUAAACGGACCGCCGGGCUCAUUCUGGGAUAUAUGAACAUCGCUUGUGUCGACGAGCGCCUCGACGGCAUGCGCCUUACGCUACUGCGUGGAUCUAGGUAGAAGAGCGAGUAGACGAGAUGUCCAAAAGUUCGAACGAGCGGCUCCUAUUCAUCGAGUGCAAUGGAGCGACCGGGCGCCCGAGUCGAACUGUCCGGCCUCUCCUAAGCCGACAUGUCAUGGGCGGUCACGUCACAACCAACAGCUAUCACAGUGGAGAGAUCAUAUUCGAAGAUGAGAAGCCUGCCAUCAAAGCCCCUUCCGUGUUUGGCGCCGCUCGAAGGACGCGAACGGCUCAUCGCAAGGGCAAUUCUCCGAAACCUCCAAGAGAUGGCGCUGUCGUCAACAAGCAACACCUUCCAAUACACACAGCCUUCUUGUUCCAGAGUGGACAUGCUGAGGCUUGCGCUCCGCUCAUCAAAAGUCUCAACAGCUUCCAACGGCAAGAAGAAGUCGCAAAGUGGUGGUUCUACUGCGGUGACGAGCCCUCGCCGGCUUUUGAGGUGGCGCAGUAUCACUGGGCCACGGCAGCCUGGGACAUUGCUCGCCAAAGCAACUUUUUCCUCGAAAUCUUGAAGCUCUACGCGUGGAGGAAGCGGGCCCAGCUCACGGGCCACGCGGAUCACUAUGUCGCCCAGCAAGUGUCGUUGAUUCGACGGAUCAAAGACAGCGUCGACGAACACGGCGAGCACUUGGAGUCCGAGCCUCUUGUGCUAGUUGCUGUCGGUGUCUUAGCAUACGUUGCAUUGCUUGAAGGCGACAUGGAGACCAGCGCGACGCAUCUGCAUGCCCUGCGAGCUUUCGACCUCGCCCGACACUUUGAACACUCCAAGCAAGGCUGGCUCUACAUGGUCUGGGUGGAUCUUCGCUUCUCCCUCAUUCAGGCGAGGCCGCCUGUGCUCGACCACUUUAUUCCGUCAGCUUACAGGCAUCAAUUACCGCGCCUCUGCAGCGAGGAGGAAUUGAAGAUGCUGCAUGAACGCGCAUCUCGGAAGUCGGCUUUGGUUCCUUGCUCCGCACUCUUCGACGAGGUCGAGAUGCACUGCGUCUUUCUCAAGCUGCACCACCUCUACCACGCCUGGUCUCCGGCGCAAGAAAUGCAGUACCCUCUUUACGGCCUUCUAUAUGACUUGGAGUAUCGGCUUCGCGUCCUCCACGCUGGCAUGCGCCAAUAUGACCGGGAGCUUGCCACCACUACGGACACAGAGGCAGUUCGACUCAACAAUUACGCGGAAUUGAUUCUCCUCGCAAUCCAGCUCCACGUCUGGAUUAUCAGCCGCCACUGGGCACCCGUGUCCAGCCACAGCCGUCAAGCCGUGCUCAAUCGAGCCUGCGAAUUGAUCGCCCAGGCUUCUGCAGAGGACCUCGUCGCGACGUGGAAAGGGGCGGCAGAUGUUCGCUCGCUGGUCUGGUGUCUGGCCACUGUCGUUGCUUUCUUCUUGGAGACAAGCGUGGAUGGGGCUGUAAUUCAGACACUCCAACGCACUCUCGCCUCGGUUGGAGUUUUCACACGCGAGGAGCUCUCGGGAUUGCUCAAGGAAUGGUUUUGGCAUGAGGAUUGGCACCCGCGGAAACUCGAGCUCGUGUGGAGCGCGAUUGAAGAACCCAAUACUCAGAAACCGCGCGCUGGAUUCGAUCUGUCGCGAAAGCAGAAGACUUCUUUCUACAUCGGAGCGGUCGAGUUUUAUCAAUAAUGCAAGUCAUAGGAGUUUCCGUUCCGUUCCUACGUUCUACGCUGCCAGUUAGCUAGCUGUUUUAGGCAGGAGCUGCCAUUUCAAGUAAGACCACCCAAUUCGGGUAACAUCAACUUCACCCGUUCGUCGCGCGAUCAGGUAUGGAUACAAUGACAUAGCACCGGGCGAACUGCGCUGAUCUA